AUGCCGGAGUCGGGACAAGAGCCCUGCAGCAACACAAGCACCCAGCCUCCCCAGCCGCCGCCACCUCCCCCACCGCCUCCUCCUCCUCCUCCUCCUCCGCCGCCGCCGCCACCCAAGGACUCCCCGUUCUCCAUCAAGAACCUGCUCAAUGGAGACCAUCACCGGGCGCCCCCAAAGCAACAGCAGCCCCCAAGGACGCUCUUCGCCCCGGCCUCGGCCGCUGCAGCAGCAGCAGCCGCAGCUGCUGCCAAAGGGGCCUUGGAAGGCGCCGCGGGUUUUGCGCUCUCGCAGGUGGGCGAUUUGGCUUUCCCCCGCUUUGAGAUCCCAGCGCAGAGGUUUGCGCUACCAGCGCACUAUCUGGAGCGGUCUCCAGCUUGGUGGUACCCCUACACCCUGACCCCCGCGGGGGGGCAUCUGCCCAGGCCAGAAGCAGCGGAGAAAUCACUUCUGCGAGACUCAUCCCCUGCUUCGGGCACAGACAGAGACUCCCCCGAGCCGCUACUCAAGCCCGACCCGGACAAGGAGCUAGACUCCAAGAGCCCGGACGAGAUCAUUCUAGAGGAAAGUGACUCCGAGGAAGUGAAGAAGGACGACGCCGCAUCUGGGACUGGCGCUGGGGCAGCCGGACCUGGCAGCGAGGACUGGAAGAAACGAGCCGACAGCCCGGAGAAAAAGCCCUGCCGAAAGAAGAAGACGCGCACGGUCUUCUCCCGGAGCCAGGUUUUCCAGCUAGAGUCCACGUUCGACAUGAAGCGCUACCUGAGUAGUUCUGAGCGCGCCGGCCUGGCCGCCUCCCUGCAUCUCACAGAGACCCAGGUGAAGAUCUGGUUUCAGAAUCGCCGAAACAAGUGGAAGCGGCAGCUGGCGGCGGAGCUGGAGGCAGCUAACUUGAGUCAUGCCGCGGCGCAGCGCAUCGUGCGGGUGCCUAUCCUCUACCACGAGAACUCAGCUGCCGAGGGCUCCGGCGCAGCCGGGGCCCCAGUGCCAGUCAGCCAGCCGCUCCUCACCUUCCCCCACCCGGUGUACUACUCUCACCCAGUCGUCACAUCGGUGCCACUGCUGCGGCCGGUCUGA